AUGACAUCGGUUACGACAAAACAGCCAACCAUGAUGGCAACAACAAAACCAACAAUAAAACCAACAACAAAGCCAACAAUAAAACCAACAACAAAGCCAACCACAAAGCCAACAACAAAACCAACAACAAAGCCAACAACAAAACUAACAACAAAACCAACAACAAAGCCAACAACAAAACUAACAACAACACCAGCAGCGAAGCCAGAAACAACACCAACAAUAACAUCAACAACAAAGCUAAUAACGAAACCUUCUACAACUGUUACCGAGCUUAUAAUAACCACCACAAAACCAUCAACAACCACUGUCAAAACUGCCAACGCUUCUACCGUCAGUGCAACUUCAAUAGUAACAAAACCAACGACAUCAACAAUGCUAGCAUCAUCACUAACAAGUUCUCCUUCACAGACAACAACAUCACCAACACUUUGUUCGUCAGCUGUAUGGUAUCCAAAUGCAGCUACAGUUGCCGGCAGUGGUGGAGGCAAAGGUCAAUUAUCUAAUCCAACAGAUAUUGCAGUUGACAGUCAACAGAAUUUAAUUGUUGCUGACUAUGGUAAUCACCGUCUACAAAAAUAUUUUUUGAACAACAACACCAUCAUCACAUUGGAAACAAAUGUAACAGUACAAAGUGUCUGCGUUGAUAAAUUCGAUAAUAUUUAUUUUGCAAAUUUGAACUGUCAGUGUGUUCAAAAGUUGAGUAGUAGUACUAGUACAUUAACAAUUGUUGCUGGUAGUAGUGGCCAAGAAGGAUCAGGAUUGGAUCGAUUGAAUAAUCCGUCUAGUAUCUACGUUGACCAAAAUCUGACCGCAAUCUAUGUGUCAGAUACAAAUAAUCAUCGUAUAGUAAAAUGGUUAGCAGGUGUAUCUCCAGGUAUUGUUGUGGCUGGUCAAACUGGUUCUUCGGGCAGCAACUCAAGUCAACUUCAUUCCCCUAAGGGCAUUUUUGUUGAUGAACAAGAAGGUGCACUCUACAUUUGUGAUACAGGCAAUGCUAGAAUUCAAAAAUGGUUAUUAGGUGCACCGUCUGGUACAACAGUUACAAGUAAUGAUCAAUUACGUAGUCCAAAUUCAAUCUUUGUUGAUACCACAAGUACAAAAAUGAUGUACAUCUCAGAUGGGGUGUAUAAUAUAGUUCUAAAAUUAGUACCGAACGCACAACAGCCACUACUCGUUGUUGGUACAGGUGAAAGUGGGAAUCAAACAAAUCAACUUUCCUCACCAUUGGGAAUUAAAUUUGAUUUAAGAAAUUGGAAUUUGUAUGUAGCAGAUUAUGGUAAUAAUCGAAUAGAAAAAUUUCAAUUUAAUGCGCAGUCAUGUGCCGCAAUUACGACAGUUACUACUACGACAACAGCGUCACGUCCAAACGGAUCAGCAGGAGCAGGAGCAACCACAACAGUAUCAGGUGGUAGUGGUUCGUGUCUUAUCAAUGGAGCUGCAUGCAGUGUAGCUGGCCAGUGUUGUACGCCAAAUGUUUGUGCAACGAAUCAAGAUCCAAAGAUUUGUUGUGUACCACGUAAUUCUCGAUGUGAUGAUGACAGUGAUUGUUGUGAUGGUUUAGUUUGCAGCACUUCUGGUAAAACUUGUGUAACGGCUCCAAGUGGCUAA